UCUUCAGGCUCCAGAGUCCCGACUUAAUAGUUCAACGACUCCCAAGUUUGCGAGGAGAACCCCUUUGCAAAGAAAAACAAACAUUCCCAAGGUUUGAGUCAAGUCCCAAACGCCAAAAUGAGUGACGCUCAGGCGAACGAGGCCGAGAAGAACAUUGAGAUCUGGAAGGUCAAGAAGCUCAUCAAGCGUCUUGAAGCCGCCAGAGGAAAUGGAACCUCAAUGAUUUCCCUCAUUAUCCCUCCCAAGGACCAAGUCUCUCGAGCUGCCAAGAUGUUGGCUGAAGAAUACGGUACCGCCUCCAACAUCAAGUCUCGAGUCAACCGACAGUCCGUCCUGUCCGCCAUUACCUCGACCCAGCAGCGUCUUAAGCUGUACAACAAGGUCCCCCCGAACGGCCUGGUCGUCUACUGUGGUGAAAUCUUGACCCAGGAAGGAAAGGAGCGAAAGGUCAACAUCGAUUUCGAGCCCUUCAAGCCCAUCAACACCUCCCUUUACCUGUGCGACAACAAGUUCCACACUGAGGCCUUGGCUGAGCUGCUCGAGUCCGACCAAAAGUUCGGUUUCAUCAUCAUGGAUGGUAACGGUGCCCUGUUCGGAACCCUGAGCGGAAACACCCGUGAAGUUGUCCACAAGUUCUCUGUCGAUCUUCCCAAGAAGCACGGUCGUGGUGGUCAGUCCGCUCUCCGUUUCGCCCGUCUGCGAGAGGAAAAGCGUCACAACUACGUCCGAAAGGUUGCUGAGUUGGCUGUCCAGAACUUCAUCACUGCCGACAAGGUUAACGUUGCUGGUCUCAUCCUUGCUGGUUCUGCCGAUUUCAAGAGCGACCUGAACGCCUCCGACCUGUUUGAUAACCGUCUUGCGACAAAGGUCAUCAAGGUUGUUGAUGUUUCUUACGGUGGUGAGAACGGUUUCAACCAGGCUAUUGAGCUGUCUUCCGAGACCCUUGGCAACGUCAAGUUCAUCCAGGAGAAGAAGCUCAUUGGAAAGUACUUUGAGGAAAUUAGCCAGGAUACCGGCAAGGUCUGCUACAGUAUCGAGGAUACCCUCAAGGCCCUUGAGCUGGGUGCUGUCGAGACUCUUAUCGUCUUUGAGAACCUUGAGAUCACCCGCUGGGUUCUCAAGGACAACAACGGUAGCGAGAUCAUCCUCCACACCACCAAGCAGCAGGAGCAGAGCAACCGAGACAAGUUCCUCGACAAGGAGACCGGCCAGGAGAUGGAGAUUGUUUCCCAGGAGUCUUUCCUGGAAUGGAUUGCUGAGCACUACAAGGACUUUGGUACCACUCUUGAGUUCGUCUCUGAUCGAUCCACCGAGGGCAACCAGUUCGUCAAGGGCUUCGGUGGUAUCGGUGGUCUUCUCCGAUACAAGGUCAACUUUGAGCAGCUUGCUGACGUGAGCGACGACGACGAGUACUACGACGAUUGACCAGCAGAUCCCCUCGUGACCAGCGAGGGAUCGACUCAAGUUCAUCUGUCCACGUACAACAGCAGUGCCAUGCGCCCUGAGGCGCAGAGGUCGACCGAUGCCGCGCCGAUGUCAAUCGCCCAACAGUGUUUGGUGGAGAGGGACAGUCUCUCGCCUCUCCAUUCUUCCCACCAGGCAUCGCGACCCAGUCCGCUUCGCACAAUGAUGACGGCUUGAGUUAUGAUCGACGGGAAUAGAGGCCCAACCAUUAAAAUUGAAGGAUAGCAGCGGCACGGUGACUAGAGGAUCGUGAAGGCCAACAUGGGCAAAUCAAUGCCCGGCCUGAAGAUUCGUCAGUAUUUGAGGAGUCGGUGUGGGAUGGCUGCAAGGCUUCUUGUAUAGUAGUCAUGAGCAGGCACGACAUGUCGAGUCAACAAAAUACAAGUCGCUUGUAUGGC